GUGAGCGCAUGCACGCAGGGAGGGUGGACCUCGUUGUCUGUCUUUGCGCGCUUUACGAAGCGCGCAUCGGGCUCUCCUCUCUCCAACCGUGCCUGCAGAAUUCAUCCCUCCCUCCCUGUUUCGCUCUCUCUCUCUCUCUCGCUAUCCCUCUCUCACAGAAGGUGUUUUAACUUUACGACGGCGACAACAUUUCAACCUCAAGGUAAACGCUUUAUUGGGAAGGGAGACCUUGUAGGAGGAGAGGGAGAUACCGAGACUGUGACGGCGGUGUUUCCCCGAGCGGAGACCUGUUCGUCCCGAUAUGAUUGACUAUUUCUUGAAAUAAGAAAGUCUUAGAAAGGUCUUUUUUUUUCCUGGGCGACACCGUCAGCAUCACAGCCACAAUGUACAGGCGGAAACAAGCGAGUGUUUGCAUCCUCCAAACAAUAUUUGGAUUGUCAAGAACUCAAAGAUCUGAGAGUGCUGAAUGCUGAAUGUCAUUAGCGCCUUCACUGAAAUCCGCGCACGCCAUUGAGGAGCACAUCCUGUCUUAUUUCACCUGUCACUUUCCCAGCUCUUUGCAAGAGCUAGCAUCACUAAGAAGCUCCCCCUGCAUACAUUUUGACCCCUGGUGCUAUGGAGAAUCUCAGUGAGCUCCAGAACCCAUUGUUGGACAAAAACAGUAAGCACAUGGUCAACUGUUAUGGGGGUGACUUCCCUAAUAACCAGUACCAGGAAAACAUUAUUAAUUACUUUGCUGGUGGAGGAGAGGGGGGAGGAGGGAAGGUGAAUAACGGCAACGUAGUGAGCGGGAGUAGUUACAAUACCAACGGGAAAAUGAAAUCUCAGCAGCUUUUGGACGCCACCUCACUGCAUCUGGCGGUAGAGGCAUUCUACAGGCCCAACUUCAUCCUGUACAAGGAGGACAGUGGCAGCAUUAAGGCUAAGGAAUAUAAAAGCGAGUGCUGUGAGACUACAUUCACAGAGAAGAAAGCAAAGGAGGCAUCCAACACAGCGGGGGCGGACACGCCUGGCACCGAGGAUCCCCAGGCGAAGCUUCUGGAGGACGGCGAACACGUCAAGAUCCAAACCGUUUCCUAUGAGGUUGAGGAGGAGGAGUAUGUGGAGUAUGAGACGGACUGCUCCAGCGACAGCGAGAGCGAGGACAACUUCAUAGUCGUCCCUCCAAGAGACCACCUGGGCCUGGCCAUCUUCUCCAUGCUCUGCUGUUUCUGGCCUCUGGGGAUCGCAGCAUUUUACUUUUCACAAGGGACUACCAAGGCAGUGAACAAAGGUGACUUUCCACUGGCCAACAUCGCCUCCAGACGGGCUUUGUUCCUCGCUGCUCUCUCCAUCACCAUAGGCACCGGUGUGUAUGUGGGGGUGGUGGUAGCUCUCAUCGCCUACCUUUCUAAACCAGGACACAUAUAGCAGCUGCAGCAUACCUCCCAGGAGCCCAGGAAAAGAACAACCUCCCCCCCCCAUUCCCACGGGAACGGCAUUGCUACUGCACACUACGAGGAAAUAUUGUUUGGUUUCGGGGAUGCACAGUUUUUCCCUCCACCUUCCUUUCUUUCCAGCCUUCUGCCAGCCACGGUUAGCCACAGUGACUAGAGAGAGGUCAAGCUGGAGGGUGAGAAGAAGGGGAAUUGGUGAUGGACAAAAAGUUUCUUUUGUUGAGACAGUAAGAGGGUUUGAGUAAUGGAAGUAUUCCAUGUUGGAGUUCAGUUUGCAUUCCAUUGACUUAAACCCCUGUUGGUUUCAUCCUCUUUUUCCUGGUUUUAACUUUCAAGACAUCGAGGAGAAGAGACUGAAGCGAUAACGCUGCACACUUAAGCAAUUAUUAAAGAGAAGAGGUAUAGGUGGGUUAGAAAUCAACAGAAAAUCACUCUUAACCCAACUCUGUUUGAGCUGCAGCUAAAAUAAGAUCCUCUCAGUGGAGUCCCGUCACCUGUCCUGACUUCAGCUGCCCUCAUCGACUCCAAAACACCAAGGAUGCAUUUGUCUCUGGGCUCACUGUCUCACAGUCGACGACCGCACUCGCAUUUUCUGAAAUCACUACAGACAAACUUCAGAAAAGAAAAUACAGAACUGCUAAUUAUAAUUUCAAGAAGAAUGAAGCUCUCAGAGGAAAAAAAAAAGAUCAAACACCAUCAGACGCUGUUUCUGACUCAUUGAACAGUAUGCUCUGGCAUGAAUUACAAGAAUCUCAAUGGAGCCUCAGGCCUGUAUUUCUACCUCUGAGGUGUCCAUCCAUCAAAGACAGGCUCUGAAAGCUGACAAAAUCUGUUUGUGCCAGAUAUGGUUUGCCAACGUACACGCAAAUGUGCUUUGUUUUUAUGUAGUCUUUUGUGUGUUCCCUGCUGCCUAAAGGCACCUUGACUAAUCUCGCUAUAAGGAAUGUUCAUUUAUAGACUUUGAAGUAAAGCACAUGCGAGGUGGCCAGAUGGUCAGAAUUUCAGUAGGAGGGCACCUGGGUAGCUCACCUGGUAGAGCGCCUUGCCCAUAUACAGAGGCUUACCCCUCCAUGCAGCAGCCGCGGGUUCGACUCCAACUUACAGCCCUUUGCGGCUUUUUGUGUGUGCAUGUCGGUCGACACAUCUCUCUCCCUUCAUGUCUCCAGCUGUCCUAUACAAAUAAAAUGCCCAAAAAAAGUCUUUAAAAAAUAAAACAGUUUCAGAGGAGAAGGGUGCACAGUGUCAACCCCAAAACACUGCAUCUGGUGAGGCAAUAGGAAAUGAAACAGCCAAUCACAAUGGGCAAUAGAGUUAGAAAUCAGGUAGGUAAUAUCAUUAAAAGGCAGACCUUACAUGUCCUCCAGGGCUGCGCAUAUAAACAAAGUGUCGCAGUGUGACAGCUUUGAAUUUAGCCGUGAUCAAUUAUUCUUUGCAUGACUCUAGAUGUAUGCCAGCAGUAUUACUGCUACGCAUGAUUGAUUGGAUUGAGAACUCGUUUUUGUCAGAUCAUAAAAAAAGCUGAACUUAAAACUGAUCAGGCUGUGAAGGAGCUCAUAUUUUGUGCAAUGCUUAAACCCACAUUCCCCAAUUUAGCUACUAAAACAGAGGACAUGUCACAGUAAUAACGCAUUGAGACACUUCAAUUUGCUCCUUCACAAUUUCAAGAUUUUUUUCCACAAAGUUGAAUGACAGACAAAUUGUUUGUACAAGGGGGUAAUUACUUUUUUUUUCCAGAUACUGGAGAUGCAGGCUGAUGCUAGUCCAAGCCUCAAGAGAUGACAUACACUUAGUUUCUCUGCACAGGUACUGCAUUAGUCAUACGUGACGUUAAUGGUGCACAAUUAGCUCCCUGUAAUGGCUUUUUCUGAAGAAAUGUGUACUCUCUGGAGCAUAGCCCUGAAAUAGCACAACCACAUUCACUUCACUAAUAAGCUACUUUUGCCGCCGCUGGUUGCAGUCAAAAACUACAAGUGAACAAUUUAUUAAGACAUCAACGGCUCUGUGAACAUUUUCAAAUAACCAUGUAAGGUCGGUUCUGCUGUUCUAAUGAAGAGUGAAUAUUGCGUGCUAAUGAAGAGCGAAUAUUGCUCUUAUUCUCCACGAGGGGACAUUUCCAAUUCACUUUGCUUAAAUAAACUGCAGCCAAAACUUUUAAGACUUUCCUUUGAAUUGUACAUUUGGCUGCCUUUAUGAAUAAACAUCAAGGAACCCAGAUAAUGACAAACUAAAUGCUGAUUGAUUUCUAGGUAUUUGUUUUGGGCCCUAUGAUUCACCUCAUUAAGUGUCUGGUCAUGUGAAAAGCUGAUCAAUACACCCUUAUAACCUCUGAGCCCCUCUGACCACACGUUCCAGUGGUAACUCAUGAGCUACCGAUUCCUCAUCAGUGUACGCACACACCAUGGCCAUCACUGUAACUAUACUAAAAGACUCUGUACGUCUGCUCUCAUCUCUCCGAGAAAGUUUUAUUGCUUAUAACGAUGAACAUGCUUUGUGUUUUGUAGCGUGUCAUUCAAAAAGAUGUGUUUUUAUCUGGCUUCUUUGGCGACCUGGCAUUGCGCAACGUGUUACAACAGUAAGUGGGAUCCAAUGCUGUUGGUAUUUCCUUCUCAUCGCGAUGAGCUAAUGUACACAUCCACGCUACACAAAUGUGUUGCUCAAUGCCAGGGUGAUAGUGCUCUAUUUGUGUCGUGCUCUUAAGCCGAAUUAAAGAAGAUAAAAAAUUUUCAUCAUGUUUUGGGGAUGUGGUUUCCUAUCUUGUGUGAAGGCAACAUGUACAUAGUGCAAAUAAAGACAUGUUCAAAUGUAAUGACAAAUAAAUAAAUCAGAAAGGAAGGAUGUUCUUUCUUAAAAGCAAAA